CAGAGAGUGCCCAAUUGAAAAAGAGUAGCACUGAAGCAAGCAUUGCAAAACAAGAACAAACUGAGUGAGCUGAGUGUAGUUAUAGUAGUAUUAUUAUUGAUGUGAUUUAAUGAUUUAGAAGAAGCUGAAUCGUUGAAGCAUUAAGCAGAGUGAAACAGUGUGAGUGAGUGAGUGAUUUGUGAAUUUAUUUAAACUUGCAAAAAUGGAGACAACACACAGUAGUGAGAUGAGGGUGGUGUCCAAGUUCAAGAGGGUUUGUGUGUUCUGUGGGAGUAGCCCUGGCAAGAAGAGAAGCUACCAAGAUGCUGCCAUUGAACUUGGCAACGAGUUGGUGUCAAGGAACAUUGAUUUGGUCUAUGGAGGAGGAAGCAUUGGUCUAAUGGGAUUGGUUUCUCAAGCAGUUCAUGAUGGUGGUCGGCAUGUCAUUGGAGUUAUUCCCAAGACGCUCAUGCCUCGAGAGCUAACUGGUGAAACAGUGGGAGAAGUAAAGGCUGUAGCAGAUAUGCACCAAAGGAAAGCAGAGAUGGCUAAGCAUUCAGAUGCCUUUAUUGCCUUACCAGGUGGUUAUGGCACUCUAGAGGAGCUUCUUGAAGUCAUAACAUGGGCUCAACUUGGAAUUCAUGACAAACCGGUGGGGUUAGUAGAUGUUGAUGGAUACUUUAAUUCGUUGCUGUCAUUUAUAGACAAAGCUGUGGAAGAGGGAUUUAUUAGUCCAAACGCCCGCGACAUAAUUGUAUCAGCGCCUACAGCGAAAGAAUUAGUGAAGAAACUGGAGGAUUACGUUCCCUGUCAUGAAGGCGAUGCUCUCAAGUUGAGCUGGCAGAUGGAACAACAGCUUGCUUAUCCUGAAGAGUUUGACAUCUCAAGGUAGAUGGGAGUUAACUUUAUGUGCAAGGAAGAUGUGACUAGAUAGAAUUUUGGAGGUGGAAGAAGCUAUUGUGGAAUAUCAGUAUUCUGUUUUCCCUUUUUUGAAAGAAAUUUCUUUUUGUAAAGCACUGGGAUUGACCUGAAUAUGUGAGAAAUUACUUUGUCCCCUUCUAGUGAAACUGAUUUCCUUCUAAGUUGUAAGUACUAGGUGCUUCUGAACUAAUCAAUCACUUAAUGCCAACUAAUUUUA